GCCAAGUAUCACUACUACACCAAGGACAAAGAAGCCACUGACAUAGAACCAACAACCAGACCGGAUGUGAAAAUGGCUAAUGAAUUCACGACACCCUUUAUAACUCAAUCACUUUUAACUGCUGCGGCAAACAGCUGUGACUUUUACGUGCACCAAAGAACUGCCAGGAUCCUAAUGCCUCUGCAUUACAGCGUCGUUUUCAUCAUUGGACUCUCGGGAAACCUACUGGCCUUGUCUGUUGUAUUUCAAAACAGGAAGAAAAUCAACUCGACCACUCUAUACUCGACAAACCUGGUCAUCUCUGACAUACUCUUUACCACGGCCCUGCCCGCUCGGAUAGUCUACUACGCAUUAGGAUUCGACUGGCAAAUUGGUGAAGCCCUGUGUCGAAUAACUGCUCUUAUAUUCUACAUUAAUACGUACGCAGGUGUCAAUUUUAUGACCUGCUUGAGUAUUGACAGGUUCUUUGCUGUCGUCCAUCCUUUGCGCUAUAACAAAAUCAAAAGGACUAAAUAUGCCAAAUGUGUGUGCAUAUUUGUCUGGGUUCUGGUAUUUAGUCAGACACUCCCGCUACUUGUGCAUUCCAUGUCAAAUCAAGAGAUUGACAGGAUUACAUGUAUGGAAUAUCCAAACUUUGAACAAAUAGACCACCUCCCCUGGAUUCUCCUGGGCGCCUGUUUUAUAGGGUAUGUGAUUCCUAUUGUCAUAAUACUAGUCUGCUAUUCUUGCAUCUGUUGCAAACUCUUUGAAAAUACCAAACAAAACCCACUCACGGAAAAAUCGGGAGUAAACAAAAAGGCGCUCAACACCAUCCUUUUAAUCAUCGUCGUGUUUAUUGUCUGUUUCUCGCCUUACCAUGUGGCAAUUAUUCAACACAUGAUUAAGAAGCUUCGGCUUUCAGACCAUCUUUCGUGCAACGCUCAACAAACGUUCCAGAUUUCCCUCCACUUCACGGUGUGCCUAAUGAACUUUAAUUGCUGCAUGGACCCUUUCAUCUACUUCUUCGCGUGUAAAGGAUAUAAAAGACGGGUUAUGAAAAUACUGAAACGUCAAGUCAGUGUUUCCAUUUCAAGUGCUGUUAGAUCAGCACCUGAAGAAACUUCACGUGAAAUCGCUGAAACGCAAAUGAUGAUUCAACCCAGGUCUUUAAAUGGAUAGUAGCGAAGGAUAAAAUUGGGGGCUUUCUGUAAAUACUAUUUAAGAGGAACUUCACAAAACUUCUUAUCAGUGAACUGUCAAUGA